AUGUUACAACGAACCACUCGUUCCAUCCACUCCAAUAUUUUGUCGACACCCUUAACUAGAUGGAGAAGGGGGAGAGGCCGAAAUGUUUACCGCUCAACAGGAGCAAGCAAAGAGGCCGCCUAUUGCUUCCACAUUACUUGA